CACGACUUCCAUCAGUCUCCAUAGAACAUUGAACAGUUGUUCGACCUAUGUGAUAGUGACAGACACAAUCACAAUCAUAUUAUUUUUCGGGAAAAAUAUCCACCAAAAAACACAACGAAAAUUCAAAGCACAUAUGGAGAUAUUUAUGUUUUCCUGAUUUUGUUUUAGUCAAUUUGCGGUGAGGUUAUAUCCGUUUGCCAUACUGUCAGUUCAUACUGUCUGUUUCCGUGGUUGACGAAAUGGGAAGACGUAACUCUGAAAACAACGACCGUCGUACUGAACAAUUCCGCAAGCUGUUCAUUGGAGGCCUGACUCCUCUUACUACAGAAGCCAAGCUGAAGGACUUCUAUUCCCAAUGGGGCGAAAUUGUCGAUGUUGUGGUGAUGAAAGAUGGUCGAACCAACCGUUCCAGGGGUUUUGGUUUUAUCACUUACAAGGAACCAGAAAUGGUGGAUGCUGCUCAAGCCAAUAGACCACAUGAAAUUGAUGGUAAAACCGUUGAAGCCAAGAGAGCUAUGCCGCGUGAAGAUUCAAAUAGUCCCGAGUCCCACAUGACUGUAACGAAGCUGUUUGUAGGUGGCUUGAAAAAAGAUGUAACUCAUGAAGAACUGCGUGAAUAUUUCAGCAAGUAUGGUAACAUCACUGAGUGUGAGGUUGUUGCUUGGAAGGAGUCGGGCGAGUCACGCGGCUUCGGAUUCGUUACGUUUGAUGAUUACGACCCUGUUGAUAAAGCUAUACUGUACAAACCACACCAUAUCGGAUCCAGUAGGGCGGACGUGAAGAAGGCUCUCAGCAAAGAGCAAAUCAACACAAUGAAGAAGAAGCAGGAGUCCCGGAAUGAUUACAAUAACAAUUACGGUGGCGGCGGUUACGGACCGAUGGGUGGAGGCUAUGGCGGGUAUGACGGUGGUUACGGGGGUUCCUACGGAGGUGGUCCUUAUGGUGGAUAUGGCUCAAACGGUGGUGGUGGUGGUGGUGCCUACGGGGGUGGGAAUUACGGAGGAGGUUGGGGUCCAAAUCACAUGAAUGGAGAUGGUCCUGGCUGGGGCCAGGGAGGAAUGGGUGAUGGGUUUGGGCACUACGGGAACCAACAAAACUAUGCCGGUGGUCCUAUGCGCGGUGGCCCACCAGGCGGUUACCAGAGGAAUGCUCCCUAUGGAGGGGGCUAUGGCCGCCGUUAAUUUCAGUCAGGGUUAGUAUGGCCUCAACAGUUUGGUCUAGGCAGUUCUACUAGCAGAGGAGACAGAGUUGUCCUAGCGCCCUCAAGUUCUAGGUCAGCCAGCAGAAAGUCGACAGCCUGUCUAUAGCUGAGGAGGCCAGGGAUCCUAUUAUUCACUGUGUAUAUACUGUUAACUGUUAAUUUUCACUGCAUGUGCAAUCGAGCGUUCUUUUUAACUGUCAUGUCCGUUGUGAGUUAGCAUCCAAUCAAGAGUGACUUUCAUCCUUAAGUGUAAAGUUUCGUAUCAUAAUUGCAUAAGCCCAUGCAGCGUCAUUUUUUAACCCAGCUUUGUCACUAGUAUUAAAGGAAAUAAAAGUGUUGAAGCCAGUUAGUCUUUUGAGUUAUGAGUUUUGUAAUUGGUAGUGACGAGGGAGAUGGAUGCUUGUUGGGCGGGAGACGAGGUUGACUUGCUAGGUCUUCCAGCCCCUUGUGUUAAGCAGGCCUGUCACUAUGUCAGGCACUUGAAAGUGAGCAGUUUUAAAAUUCGUUGUAGAGCCGUAAAUUUGGGUCCAGAAAGGCAUGUAGCAAGGUCGAGACCAGGGUAUCCAUUCACUUUGUUCACAAUUUUUGAGUGGUUUUGCAGAUCUCGCGGUGCCCCUUGGAGGAUUGACACUCGUCCGCGGCGUGGGACGCAAUGGACUCGGGAACUUGUAUGGUUGAACCAUCGUUAUGUAUGCUGUGAAACAUUGUCAAAAAUAAAUUUACGGAUUAAUUCCGCAUGUACAACUAUCUUCUUUUUUAUUACGGUUGUGACUGGGUGAGUUACACGGGUUUGGGUGGACAAGUGGGACCAGUCUUUUCUUUCGCGCGACAGUUCGUUCACUAAUUCAUCUCAUACCGGCGCUCGCGUCCCGUAGCGAUAAGUCGUCGGUGUUCCUGUAUAUGAAACAGGCAGGAGCAUAGGGGAAUGCUUGUCAAUUAGUGGGGUGUUACUCUGGAUCACUGAUGGAUUGUCGAGUUCCCUCAGACCUUUUGAAAAGCUCCCGAGACUACAGCGUGCUACAGGGGUUGGCUGAGUUUAAGGGGUGGGACGUGUG